GCGUCUGCGCGGGCGUCCAUUGUGAAUCGAUGUGAUUUAAAGGCCAGAAAACAUCUGUGUGUGCGAUUUUAAUCUGAUGCGCACGAUAAGAAACAACAAUCGCAUCGCACAUCAUUCAUUGGUAUUUCCAGCUUUCUCUAACAAUAACAGUGAUAGCGCGCUUUUAAGAUCUCGCGAGAGGAGACUUGUGCACUUCCUGCACACGCUGCUGCACGCUGCUGGUGGACUGUGUGUGUGUUCUGUAGCGUGUCUGCAGUCCGAAUCAUGAAGAUUGUCACUUGGAACAUAAAUGGGAUUAGAACCUUUAAAAAAGGGAUCAAGUCUGCGCUUGACGCGUUCGGCGCUGAUAUAAUAUGCGUGCAGGAAACGAAAGUGACGCGCGACAUGUUGGACGAAAGGACUGCGAUUGUGGAUGGAUACAACACUUAUUUCAGCUUUAGCCGAGGACGCACUGGCUAUUCGGGUGUCGCGACUUUUUGUAAAGACUCCGCCACCCCUUUCUGCGCGGAAGAAGGACUGACAGGUCGCCUUGUCAAUCAUGGAGAGGCUGUGGGUUGCUAUGGUGAUCAAGGAGCAUUCUCCAUAGAGGAGCUCCAGUCACUUGACAGUGAAGGAAGAGCCGUAAUCACUCAGCACAAGUUAAAGCAAUCAGUGCAAGGAGAAGACUCUGAGACUCUGACUAUCAUCAAUGUGUAUUGCCCGCGUGCAGAUCCAGAAAAGCCAGAGAGAAAGCAUUUUAAACUUCAGUUUUACAAACUCCUACAGAUUAGAGCUGAGGCGAUUGUGGGGCCACAAAGUCACGUGAUUAUUUUGGGAGAUAUAAACACCUCUCAUCAGCCAAUAGACCAUUGUGACCCAGAUGAUGUGGAGAACUUUGAGGACAAUCCAGGCAGGAAGUGGUUGGACAGCUUUGUAUUUACACUGGCAGAAAAUGAGAAUGAUGCUGAGGAAGGUUCUAAGGCUUCCCAGAAUUGUGUGUCUGGUGGUAAUUUUAUUGACACAUUUCGUCAUUUCCAUCCUACACGCACCAAUGCCUUCACAUGCUGGUCUACACGUACGGGUGCUAGGCAAACCAACUAUGGCACCCGCAUCGAUUAUAUAUUUGCUAAUCGUUUGUUGGUUGAGAGAAACUUGCUGAAUGCAGAUAUCAUGCCAGAAGUAGAGGGUUCUGAUCAUUGUCCCAUAUGGGCUGAGCUAAGCUGUACUUUUGUACCCAGUCCUAAGUGCCCAGCUCUGUGCACCUGUUAUAUGCCUGAGUUCAUGGGGAAGCAACAGAAACUCAUGCGCUUUCUUGUUAAAGUCUCUGACCAAAAACUGUUGCCUGGAUCUCAAGAAGCUAGGGAGAUUCGUGAGAACCUCAAUCCUCUAGAAUCAGGUGUCAGUUCUGGGAGCAAGAGACCUCCUGAUGGACAACCAGAGUCAUCUACAUUCAAAGCAAAGAAAAGCAAACAUGCUAAAAAGGCAACAAAACCUCAGGGCAGUCUCCUGACCUUCUUUAAACCUAAACUGACCCCAGCGGUAUCUUCAAGCCAGAGCUUAAGCUCAUACAAUAACACUGAGACAGAAAAUACAGAAAAUUAUGUCAACAGCUGCACAGCAGCCCACAGCAUGCUUUCAGUAUGCCACACUGAUGUGCAAGUGAAGGGUGAAACGAGUAACUUUAGGGUCAAAAUGACUAAGGAAGAAGAAAAGGGUUGUCAGGAUCAGAUUGAAAGCAAUGCCACACUCUGUGAAGAGACCAAGAGAGGGUCCUGCCCAGACUUUUGGAAAUCAGUUUUGCAUGGACCUCCCCAGCCUCCAUUGUGUACCUCACACAACGAGCCGUGUGUGCUCCGGACUGUGAAAAAACCUGGACCAAAUUUGGGAAGGCAGUUUUUUGUAUGCGCCCGUCCACAGGGCCACACGUCCAAUCCACAGGCAAGGUGUAAUUUCUUUGCCUGGGUUGAAAAACGCAAGUAGAAGCUCUUUGAAGUCUCUGUAAAAAGUCUGUUUGUAUGGUGCUAGACACAUGUUGAUUUUUUUCAGAUAUAUUUUGUUUUUAUUGUAUAAAUAAAUGAUUUAUAUGUUU